AUGAGGUGGCUGCUGAGUACAAUGUGCCUUGUCCAUGUAUGUGGAAACAUAUUUUGUUUAUUUGAAACAACCAUGAAUCCUGAAGUCCACAUGAAUGUUAGUGAAAUUAUUAUCCGUUGGGGUUAUGCAAGUGAAGAGUAUGAGGCUGUGACUGAGGAUGGUUACAUCCUCCCAAUUAACCGUAUUCCUCAUGGGAAAAACAACACGAAUAGCACAAGCCCAAAGAAAGUAGUACUUUGUCAGCAUGGCUUGUUUGGAGCUCCUGGUGUGUGGGUUUCCAAUCCUCCCAACAACAGCCUGGCCUUCAUAUUAGCAGAUGCUGGUUAUGAUGUGUGGAUGGGGAACAGCAGAGGAAGUACCUGGGCAAAAAAACACUUGUACCUGGACCCAAACUCUAAAGAAUUCUGGGCUUUUAGUUAUGAUGAAAUGAUAAAAUAUGACCUUCCAGCCACCAUUAACUUCAUCCUGAAGAAAACAGGACAAAAGCAAAUUUACUAUGUUGGACAUUCUCAAGGCACCGUUAUCGCUCUGGGGGCAUUUUCCACAAAUCAACAACUGGCUGACAAGAUAAAAAUGUGUUUUUUAUUGGCUCCUGUUGCUACUGUUGAGUAUGUCGAAGGUUUUGCACGCCUUCUAGCUUACUUCCAUCCAACAGCUUUCAAGCUCCUUUUUGGAGAAAAAGAAUUUUUGCCUAUGAUAGCUUUCAAUAAGCUGGCUGGAUACACAUGCAGUGAUAAGGUAAUCGACACCACAUGUGUUGCUAUAUUGGGAUCAAUGACUGGAUAUACUCCACAAAAUUUAAAUAAGAGCCGUACUGAUGUGUAUAUAACACACAGUCUAGCAAGAACAUCAGUUCAAAUUGUUCUACAUUACAGUCAGGCAAUUAAUACAGGUGUGUUUGGAGCUUAUGAUUGGGGAAGUCCAUCUCUAAAUAUGCUACACUACAAUCAGACAACUCCUCCAUUAUACAAUGUGGAAGACAUGAAGGUUCCAACUGCCAUGUGGAGUGGCAGAAAAGACUUUUUGGCUGAUGAAACAGAUGUUGCACAUUUGGUACCCAAAAUUUCCAAUCUCAUUUACCAUAAGAUUAUUGCUGAUUUUAGCCAUCUUGAUUUUGUAGUGGGAUUGAGUGCUUAUGAUGAGGUGUCCAAAGGUAUUUUAAAACUUCUUGAUAAAUCUGAGACUGAAAAUUUGCAUUAGCUUUUUGCAUGUGUUUCAAACCCUUAGAAACUUUCUUGCCUUAGUAAUGCAGAUACUUUUUGCUUGACCUUUUUCUUUAUACUUAUCUUUGAUUUUCAAGCUAUUGCUUCAUUUAUUGGAUUAUUUUUAUUAGUGAAAAAUUAUGUGCAUCAAGAAAAUACUUCAUCUUGUGGCUGUUUCUUAAUGAAUGUCCGUUUUUAAAAAUGUUCUUGACAUGAGUGCUCUUGAAGAGAAGGCCUCCUUUUGAUUUGCAUUAAUGAAAUCCUAAAAUAGUGAUGCAGGAAGAGGCCUGGCCUAUAUGGUGAUAUAGAAACCAUGAUGUCUGGAGAGCAGACUAUAAAAUGUUUCACAUAAUAGGACCAGGACUCUAUGGGGGUAUUAUUCUUGUUGCUUAGAAUCCACAAGUCUUAUUCACUAGUCUGUCUCCCCCAUCACAACCUGUGUGGAUGGUUUGAGA